CUCCGCAAACAGUUAACAGAGAUUAUUGUCGAGCAGUUACAGUUCGAGCUAAAAUGGUUAUCGAUAUUAAAAUGUGCCGCUUUGAUAAUGUGCCUUGGGGCUUCAGACUCGUCGGUGGCGCCGACUACGAGUAUCCGCUGACCGUGGUUAAGGUGACUGAGGGCAGCAUUGCCGAGGAGGCGGGACUGCGGGUCGACGAUGUUAUUGUGCGUAUCAAUGAUACGGCUGCCACGCCCCUUAAGCAUGAUGAGGCGCAUCGUCUAAUCCUGAGCAGCGGCAGCGUUUUUUACUUUGGCGUUCAUCGGGAGCAGGAGGAGGAAGUCUACGAGGGUCCCAGAAGAUUCCCGGUGAGCUCGAGUUCAUUGACCAAGUCGCCUGGCCAGUCGCCGCUCAGUGCAUCCGAAUUGUCGCUGCCGUCGUUAACGGAAGCCACAAAAGCGCUCGUUCCGGAUGUGGAAGAAGAAGACAGACGGGAACAGGAACAGGUCGAGGUCGUGCGGAAGGCGGAGGCAGAGGCAGUGGCACAGGCGGAGCUGAAAUGUCGCAGGGCCAUGACUCAGGAAAUGCAUUCUGCGGAUUGCAAUGUGGGACAGCAUGAGGAGCAGCAGGGGAAGGAGGAACAUCAGCUUGUCCCUAUGGACAGCCUUUAUUUGCCCGAUUUGCCCGAUCGUCCGUGCUCAGCGAUGUCAGAGCAGUCGGAAAUUAAGCUGGUGGAGGAGGAAAUUGCCGCCGUGCUGUCCGGCGAAUCGGAGGUGCUAAAGGAGCACAAUGUGCUUGGAAUCUUUCCCAAGCCGGGCGUCUGCAUGACCAGCGAUGUGCUGCGCUCCCUCAACGAGGAGGUGACCAAGACCAAGCUGGAGAAGGAGAAGGAGAAUCGCAAGUGGUCCACGUUCCUGCAGCGGCCCGAUCGACCCGUGCCCAAGAGCAAGCAGCAACUGGAGGCGGAACUGAGGGCGGCCAAUGCCUACAAGGUGAAGAUUGUCAAGUCCGCUCCGCGCGACAAGUCGCCCAUGCCGGAAACGAAGCCAGCGCCAAAGGAAGCCACCCCACCGCCUCCAACUGAGUCCAAGGAGCAGGAAGCAGCCGUGGAGGAGCUGCAGGUGAAGCCAGUGGAGGAGGAGGAGCCACUGCCCACGGAUAGUGAAGUGCCGAAUUUGGUACAAUUACCAGACAAUGGCAGUGGCAGCCAGGACAUGCCCGAGGAUGCGGAGACGGAGGUGGAGACGGAGACGGAUGGCGAGCAGUUAGAGAAAGCGGAUGCCUCAAAGGAGGAGCAGCGGCAGGAGGCAGAGGGGGAGGGAGAAAGCGAGGAAGUGGCCGCAGCUGAGCCUAACGAGGUGGCAACGCCACCCAAAACCGAUGAGGAGCUCGCUUUGGAGAAACAACUGUCGGAUGUGCAGAAACAGCUAGCGGCACUGUCAUCGCUGCCCUCGACGAUACAGUCAACCCUCGAUGCGGUGACCAAGCAGCUGGCCGAGCUGUUGCCCACAUUCAAGCUGCAGCAACAGCAACAGCAGCAGGAGCAGCAGCUGCCACAGAUCGAUGAGCAGGACGAGAAGGAUGAGGGGAAACGGGCAGAACAACAACUGGCCACAGGCGAGAAUGAAGGCAGCUGUGUGGCAGCAACGGACGUGGCACGGUCAGCAGCAUGUGAAAAUAAUGAGAAUAAAUGCGACGCCAAUGACCUGGAAGUGGAAGAAUUUUCGCACUCAAAUGGCGACAAUCGUGAACUGGAACUGGAACUGGAACUGCAACUGGAACGGGACGAGCACCUCAUCGAGCAGCAGACUUUCAGGAAGCAAAAGAAACACAAUGUCAUUGAGGAGCUUGAGGAGCAUUUGGUGCGCAAAAACAAUCCGAAACGUUCGAAGCGCGCUUUUGGCCCCCUGACGCCAUCAUCAGAGCGUCCUUUGGUGCUGCCCGGCGGCAGGCGCUGGUACCGACCCAAGGAUGCCUACAAUGAUGAAUUCAUUGCCGAGACUCUGAGUGCCCAGGCGGAGCUUAUAACUGGCAGCACAUUGGGGGUCAACUUCAUGAAGUACCAAAAGCCGGAGCGAAAAAUCGACCUCAAUCGCAGCGAGGUAUACAAAAUCGUACAUCAUCUGGAUAGGGCGCCGUUGCAUGGCAUCGAGGUGCGUGCACCGCUUGUGGCAGCCGAGUCGGACAUACGCCAGGCAAUGCAGUCAUAGAAACCAGUACAAGUUUCAGUCUCCUUCUCCUUCUCCUUCUCUCAGUCUCCAGCCAACGAAUGCCAUUAUCCAACUCUGUUUCACUUACAAAUAAGCAACAACAAGAUGAACAUUGACAAAUAUACAUAUUUACAAAUAA